UCUGCACUGGGAGCAGCUGUCCUGCCACAGCCCUUCGUCCCUGUCCCCUGAAAAUGUACACUUGUGCCAAGUUCUUCUCCACCCCCUCUUUGAUCAGGAGAACCUCUCCACUGUUGAGCCAAUCACUGUCUGCAGUGGUGCUGAAACGACCAGAGACUCUGACAGAUGAGAGCCACAGCAGCUUGGCAGCCACACGUCCCCUGACCACCUCACUUAUUCCUAGCUACAGCUUCCAAACCAGUGCCAUUUCAAGGGACACUGACACAGCGGCCAAGUUCAUUGGAGCUGGAGCUGCCACAGUAGGGGUGGCUGGCUCUGGGGCUGGAAUUGGGACUGUGUUUGGGAGCCUCAUCAUUGGUUAUGCCAGGAACCCUUCUCUGAAGCAACAGCUCUUCUCCUACACCAUUCUGGGCCUUGCCCUCUAGGAGGCCAUGGGGCUCUUUUGCCUGAUGGUGGCCUUUCUCAUCCUCUUCGCCAUAUGAAGGAACCGUUUCCAUCUCCCAUAGUUCUUUCUCCCAUGCCUCGUCUGCCCUGUAUGUUCCUUUUCUUGUACCUCCCCAGGCAGCCUGGGGAAAGUGGUUGGCUCAGGGUUGGG